CAUGCAACUCUAUGAAAGUUUCGAAGAGAAAAAGACACGAUACAGAUGCAAAUGACACUUUAGAAAAACCUACAAGAUGGCCCUCACGUGCGAGUAAGGUGUUGAGUUAUCCUUAAAACACGAUUCCCCUGCAAAAAGACCAAUCAAAAAAUGAAUACACUGGUGCUAAAAAAACCUACAAUCCCCAGAGAUUAAAAUACGCCCUUGCAGUAUAGUCGGGGUAACCGAAUAUCCAACACCAAUGGUGUGAUGCAACUUUGAAAAGUGAAUUAUUAACUCAUUAGAUAAAGAUAAAGGAGAUCAUGUUUUUGUUUCAAAAGGGUUGUUACUUGGCAAGUAUGUGACGAGUCGUUUGUUAGCAUGAAUCGGAAAAUGUAUGAUUUGACUUCAAAUUUUCAUAGAAGUGAGGUUUGGGGGGAAUUAUGGGAAUUAAAAAAGACAUUAUGGUGGUAUUGGUUUUAAAUUUCUACAAAUAGGAAAAUUGAACCGAAAUCUCAAUUCUCGUGUUAUUUUCUAAUAAGUUAGAUAUUAAAUUUUUUAAUCUAAAAUUUACAUAAAAAUCUCCCGUCCAGAAGAUCUGCUCAUAUUCAUGUAUUGAUUGCUUUACCUCCCCAAUCCUCAUCCAUCUUUCUGUCAUCUCAUAUUGCAUUAUAUCUCUUAUAUGUAUAUAUGUAUAAAAUUAGACAAAUAUUUCUAUCCAAGAUGUCAAAUCUUCAUCACAAAAUCUCAAACUCACAACUUUUAUCUAACACAAGGCUUACCUAAGAUAUUCUAAAUGCAAUGUUGGGUAGUUUAUGUUUUGAAUAGAGAGGUAGGAAAUCAUAGUGAUAGACAUAUAGUCCCAAAGGAGUCUACGAAUCAAAUCAAAAUUUCAAUAUAACAUUCAUACUCUUGGUAGUGUUUCAUAAAAAUUGUAAAAUUGUACCGUAGGUUCUAAAAAAAAAAAAAAAAGUCAACAAUAAGAUAUCUAAUGUUUAAACAAUAUUUCAAUAGUUUCAUAUCAUUAAAAAUCAUCUAUCAAUUUAAACUCUGAUAAGACCGCUUGUACCGUCCGUAUGAUACCGUUUUACAAACACGAAGUGUUUCACCAAAUGGUAAAUUGAAAGGGACAUGGUUGGUCAUCCCAAUAUUGACCAACAAUAGGAGUUUACUUCUCAACACGUUAUUCCCUUUCAUCUCCUCCUCCUAUUUCGGAGCGAGACUAACAAACCCUCCAACCCAAGUAACUGACAUUUCCUUCCCCAAAACCACCUGAGGCCAGGAAAAACAAGAACAAAAAAAACCUCAGAAGGGCGGGUGGCGGAGAUCCAAAUACAAAGGGAAAAAUACGCAACCCCUCUUUUGCCUCUGUGCUUUCUUCUUCCCCCCCGCCUUUUCACCUUCCCUUCUUCUCCAUUUCCCUGGUCUGAAUGAGUCUGUUCGACAGGUUCAGAUCUCAGGCCCCAUCCACUCCGAAAUCAGCGACGAUGCAGAAGAGCCGCUACGACUCCGACCAGUAUUUCCAGGAAACCAACCAAGGUCAGGCAACAACCACCACAAUUCAGAGUCAGACGGCAAUGGCGGAGACGACGAGGACGCAGACGGCCUUGUCGGAGGUGGCGGAGGCGUUCGAGGAGCUGGCGGAUCACUUGAGAAAAUCCAGGAGAAAGAAGAACGCGGAAUCGCCGGAAGAAGAAGAAGAAGGAGAAGAGGUAGUGGAAGAAGAAGAAGAAGAAGGAGAAGGAGAGCUUCGAUUGGAUUCCUUCUGCCAGGCAUGCUCUUUGGUCUCCGUUCUCUUCAGCUGCCUCGGUCUCGCUUUUAAAUUCGCCGAGACAGAGUACGUCGCCAAGGUGCGUGAUCUGGUGGAAGCGUCGAAGACGUUCGAGAAUCUGCAGAAUGUGGUGGAUGUGGAUGCCGCCAACGGGACGGUGAGAACUGCGGGCAGUCAUUCGAGAAACUUGCGCCGAGUUCGUCAAGGUCUCGACCUAAUCAGGGGAAUCUUCGAACAGUUUCUCGCAUCCGACGACAAUUCGUUGAAGGAUGCUGCGACCACAGCUUACGCGCAAAUCUGCGCUCCUUACCACACCUGGGCGAUACGGACCGCGGUUUACGCAGGAAUGUACACGCUUCCUACGCGGGAGCAGCUUCUGGCGAGGCUGGAAGAAAAUGAGCAAUCAGCGGAGAAGAAGAUGAAUCGAUACAUCCAGGCUUCGCUUCCAGUGAUCCAGUACAUCGACAGGCUCUACACUUCCAGGAAUAUCACCUUGGAUUGGUGAACUAACUUCCCGUCCACAAGUUCUUGUGAAUUUUGAAUGGCUGCAGCUAGCUCUCUCCCCUGUUGCUUCAAAAACAGAGCAACUCAUCCCCCACGACCAUUCCGCCGGCCGGCAUUUCGGCAAAUUUGUUGUAUUUUUACCACCUGUAACUUGGUUGCAACUUGCAAACCACAUUCUUCACCAUAUUAGACUCUUAGGAUUCUUUUUGUAAACAAAAUCACUUCAAAUCUUUUUGUAGACAACACCAAUAUCAUAUGUAACUUGUGUGUACAUAAGAACAGUUAGUUGUCUACAGAGAAAGCAAUAUUUGCAAGGUUGUUUCAAGAGAACUCAGAAAGAAAUGAUUUUUGAAUAG